CUCUCUUUCCCCUCUUCUUUUCUCCUCUCAGCCUCCCACAACACGCGGCAGAAAGCAUACAAAAUCGCUCUCAUCAUGAACUGCCCCAUCCCCCAAGACCAGCUCGACGAGAUCUACGCCUUUGCUAUCGAUCUCGCCCGCAAAGCAGGCAAACUCCUGCUCGAACGCAUCGGCGAGCGCAACGUCGACCAGAUCUACACCGAGAAGGAAAACGCGGUAGACUUGGUGACUCAGACAGACGAAGAUGUCGAAUCCUUAAUCAAAACCGCCAUCCAAACCAAGUACCCCACGCACAUGUUCCUUGGCGAAGAAACGUACGCAAAAGGCCAGUCUCGGGAAUACCUCAUCGACGAACAGCCAACAUGGUGUGUUGAUCCCUUAGACGGGACUGUCAACUUCACACACGCCUUCCCCAUGUUCUGUGUCUCCAUCGGAUUCAUUGUCAACCACUACCCCGUUAUAGGGGUUAUCUACGCACCCCUCCUAGACCAACUGUUUUCAUCGUGCCUUAACCGCGGCGCGUGGUUGAAUGAGAAGCGCCAGCUCCCGCUUAUUCGGAAGCCCUCUAUCCCUCCAAUGCCUAGCAACGCACCGUCGAAAUGCAUAUUUGCCUGUGAAUGGGGCAAGGACCGUCGCGAUAUCUCAGACGGGAAUCUCCAUCGAAAGAUUGAAAGCUUUCUUAAUCUGGCUGCGGAGCGCGGUGGGCGUGGUGGUAAAGGUGGGAUGGUGCAUGGCGUGAGGAGCCUAGGGAGUGCGACGAUGGAUUUGGCGUAUACGGCGAUGGGGUCAGUAGAUAUUUGGUGGGAGGGAGGUUGUUGGGAGUGGGAUGUGGCUGCUGGUAUUGCGAUCCUACUUGAAGCUGGAGGGUUGGUAACGACGGCGAAUCCGCCUGACGACUUACACGCGCCCAUUGAACCAGUCAAGCUAGGGAGCCGGUUAUACUUGGCUAUUCGGUGGGUGCCCUAGCCCUUACAUUUCGAAAUCAUACUGAUCGUGUAGACCUGCUGGUUCCACAGCGACAGAAACAGGGCGGGAGACGCAGGAAAGAACAGUGCGAGAGGUCUGGCGCCGAGUUCGACAGCUAGAUUAUAAUAGACCAGGGGUAUAAA